AGUCAGAAAGGUAUACGUCAAAACUCUAAUACGUCAAAAAUCUAAUACGUCAAAACUCUAAUGCGAGGAAUCGAAACUACAAUUUUCAACACAUCUUUUUAAAAGUCAGUUAUCUGUUCGCUGACCCGGACCGGAUCCGUAAAAUAGGGUUCAUGGCAAUCAAUGAAAAAGACUCCUGUUCAGCAUUUUAGAACAACAAUAAGCGAUAUUACAGACCAAGAAGCUUUCACCGACUGUAAUUAAAUGUCGCAAGGACAAUAGCCAUUUCUCUCGAUGAAAGAGGCGACGCUUUUUAGUUUACUUUAAUUAACUUUUACGUUUACGCGCGACCUUCAAUACGUUGCCUCUAUUUUAUUUACGCGCGUAAAAUAUACGUGUGUACUUAUGUCAAUUUUACGCGUCACCGGAAACUCACCCUAUGUACUUUAGGCUUGCUUGGUUACACUGACCGUGAGGAGUCUGCGAACGAGAAAAGAAGGAAAGAAAGUGAGGGACCUACCUUUACGUUCCUACGUUUACGUCACGUUCACUCUUGCUAUUAAAAGGGUGAGAAAUUAAGGAAAGGACACCAUUUACUGGGAGUACAUACGAAACUUGAUUUGAACCGUUUUCACUGAAAGUUUAUCCUUAUGAUUCAAAACGUUUACGUUGAACAAAGAAACCCUUGACGUCAGUCCAGGGAAUGAAUCCGUUGCCAACUUGAGCAAAAAAUUUUCAGCUCUCUGCUUCCUUCAAGAUAUCCUUCAAGACAACCAAGCAGCUCAGUAUUUGUUAGAAAGGUAAGCGCUAAGUUGUUGUGAGAAAAAACAACGAUAAGCCUUUAAAACAAUUCCUAUCCUCGCAUGAUCGCGAAGUCAUCUUGCUGAUAGUCACCGCCGCACAGUUAAACCUCGCUGAAGUUUGUCUUUCUUUUAAAGAGAAGUUUAAAUUCGCCAUGUCUUGCAAAAGGGAAGAUUUUAAGAGCGGAUGUCUGUAAAUAUCGACCAGAGGUAGGAAAAAUAAAGUCCAAAAAAAUUAUGUAGACUCCCCUAGGUAUUCUAGUAAUGAAAAUAUAAAUUUUAGUUUCAUUGGAUAAAUAUUUUGGCGAUACGGCGAAUGUCAAGUUUUGGGUUGAAUGAUACUCGAAUUCGAUUGAAAUCGUGCUCUUUUCGUAGCCCGGUCUAAGGGCCCGAAAAAGCGGUCUGACGGAGGCCGUCAAUCGCCCAAAGUCUACAUCAUUUUUGGGAGAUUUUUCAAAAAUUUUAUUUUUGCCAUCUCUGGUCGAUAUUUACAGACAUCCGCUCAUAAGAAGAUACAAUGUACAACCAGUUUUAAUCGCCAUACCUUGCAGGCGGAAAGAGGUUUUAAGACGCUACGGUUUUUAUUUUGUGUGUUCUUUUGUAACUAGAAAUUUGAAAAAUAUUUUCAUCUUUUUAGGUUUUGAAUAAUACUAGAUGAUUUAGCGUUUAAAAAUUCAACAAAGGAUAAGUAAAAAAGUACUAGGUAACAACCCAAACAUAUGCAAUGGAACAAAACAUCAUAGGAUGUUGACCACAUGUUUUGAAAAAUAUAUGUUUCGUUUGCUUCAAAGUCCCUAUCCUUUAACGGGAAACUGACAUAAAUAAUUGUGGUUACAAACCUAUAAAGGGUUACAGGAAGCUAACAGAAAGCAGCUGUUAGCAAGAAUGGGUAGCACAGGUAGCACUCGCCUGAGGCAGUUAGGGCGUAAAUAAUGGCGAUACCUGCCAUGAACAGGAAAGCGCGCACAUUCCUUACCUAGUUCCCGGCACAGGCUGAGAGGCUGUAAUGAAAGAUUUUGUUUGUUCUACGUACUGGAGUCAUCAAAAAGAAAGUUCAUAUUGACAAGUUCAUCUCAGCGACAAUUUUUCUGAAAGGUUUGGCAAAAUUAAGGUUACACUAUGGGAGGUCUGAAAAACAGGCCUUCCGUUCGGUUAAUAACUUUGGUUAAUCGUUGCACGUUGCAUUAGGCAGAAGUGUUGUAGUAGCGAACAUCUUUAUCGGACUUCGAAUACCAAAGAAGCUUAGAUGAAGUAUAUACACCUUAUUCGCAAUGAGAAAAAUGUCCGCUCGUAUUAUAUGCUAAACCAUCGAAUAAGAGGUUUAUUAUUCCACUACAAAAAAAUAUAUAUAUAUCUGGCAAUUAGCUUCUAUUUUUUGGUAAGAGUAUUCAGAGACAUCCUGAUUCUGUCUGUGAAAAUGACGUUAACAAUUAGCAAAAUGUUCGCGCGAAUUAUAUGCCAAACCAUUGAAUGAGAGGUUAAUUAUUUUACUGCAAAAGAAAAAUGGUAUUUUGGCUUCUAUUUUCUAAAGAGAGUAUCCAAAACAUCCUGAUUCUGUCAGCCACAGUUGCUCCUUUUGCAUCCGCUGGUAUUCGCCCUGUUGUAAACCGGUUAAACCAGGACACUACGGUGUAUUACAGCCUCGUAUUUUGCUAGUUCUCUUGACCUUAUAUGGUAAAAUGACAUAAUAGUGGAAUAAUAAUAUUAAUUAUUGGCUUUUUUAAUAUUCAUUCAGAGAUAUUUUCGAGGUACGAUAACUUGGAAGUUGAUUGACUUUUAUUGGCACAAUUAGAGUGCAAUACGAUACAGUCUCAUUGUGAAUAUUUAAUGACUUAUUCAAGUUUGAGGAAAUAUUCUUGAAACGUACCCCGGGGGUGAAGGGGACGGGGGGGGGGGGUACUCCCUACAAUGGCCUAUACGGGGAGGCUCCGCCCAAAAGGAAUACCUUAUUUGGGCUUCAUGUAUAUAAGAGGGUAGGGAUUUACUAGCUGUAGGAAAAUCUAUCAUUUUGGUCUGUAAAAAAAGCCCGAAUAAGGUUAACAAAUGCAUUUUAUGGCUGUGAAAAAGUAAAAAAAAAAAACGUUGUUUUGUGAUUUAUUCAUAGUUUAAAGGUCAUUGGAUCAGAGCAGCAGUUAAAAAUGUAUGCAAAGUUCCAAACUAGGUAUUUGAUAGAGGUACUUGUUCUGUCAUAAUUAAAUGAUAAACAAAAGGAUAAGGGGCUGGACCUGGGGGCGGAACCUUCCCGUAAAAACCUUUCUUGAGUACUCCCCCCUUCCCAGUGAAAUAAACUUUCUACCAGGUGAUCCAUUACUUCUUAGUGACAUGUAGUUCAAUGAGCGCCAACAAUAACAGCUAAAAUUAAAAUAUAUUUUUUUGUCCUCAGUUUUCAGUCAACCUAUUCAUCUUACUCUCCUCUCAACCGCUGCUUUUGAUUUUUUCUUUCCACAGGUGAAAGCAAGGGGUUUAUUUCAGCGUUAACAAAAGUAUCAAGAAGUUAAAGUUAAGGUGAGCACUCUAUUGAAGAAUUGUUGUCAAUGUACAACCUCCAUUCUAAUAUUUAAGGAGUAGACUUCAGUCUUCUUAGUCCACCUUCUAAUUAACUUUCUUUAUUCAGCUAACCAAACUUUAUUCGAUUUCUUUCUGAAGGGAGGAGAAAAGAGAAUUAAAAGAAAACAAUGUUCUCCAGAAGAAUCUCCUGGAUAAUCUCUUCAGCCGAGUGCACCACAUGGUAUGCUGUAUACCUUACUACUAUUGUUGCUAUGGUUGCAGUGAACCUCAUAUCAAUUAUCCUUUUUGUAAAGAACAGUAAUCUUCGCACUCGUGCCAUGUACUUGGUUAUAAACUUGACCGUGGCUGAUAUGUUUGUUGGAGGAAGUGCCACUUUCUUUGCAGUAUUUUAUUUCCUCCUCUACGGUUGCGAAUUUGCAGAUGAAUUUUUCAUCCGGCUGGAAUGGCCACCUAUUUUGUUUGUGCUUCACAUAAUCAACAUCUGGUUUUCUUUCACCUCUGUAACAGGCAUUGCAAUAAUUUCUUUAGAUCGGAUGAAUGCGACGUUUCGUCCAUUCAGGCAUCGCAACAUCGAAAAAUGGGCCUACGGGGUAACAAUUGCGGGCGUCUGGAUUUUAACUGCGAUGAUAGUAAUUCCCUUUCCGUUAAUAAGUCUCUAUGGGAGCUUGCAACAACAGUGGCAAUUGGUGUUUCCUUUAUACUUCAUGUUCUCAUAUUGUUUUCUUUGCCUUGUUGUUAUCUGUGUUUCUUACACCUCUAUUGGUUUAAAAUUUUGGUGUGGAAGUCGUCCUCCGUCACAUGGUGCGGCCAAUAGACAAAGAAAACUGACUGUCACAUUAUUCAUAAUGACCAUUGUAUCUUUGCUGCUGUGGUUACCAUUUGUUGUACAUACUUUUGUUCUCCGUUUUGUUCUAGAUAGACUUUCUUUCCUGACAUAUACACGCUUGAGAUUAUCUUUUAUUCUUCUAUACCACACAAACUCGCUUGUUAAUCCUAUUAUUUACACAAUCAGAAUGCCAGAGUUCAAAAGAGCUCUCCUGAUAUUAUUUAAACGUCGACAAAGACAAAAUGCUGCUAUUCCUCUUCAAGCCCGUUAA